AAUCAAUCACGUUAACAUAAAUAACUACAGGGUUUCCACAGUAAACCUAAUUUGAGUAUAUCAGUUCAAAAGUUACAGCAGCGUUCAAUCGAAUACUUGAGACAGCUUUAUAAGCUGAGUAAAUUUUAUAUUUCAAUACAAGCGGAUCACUAAACUAAAGUUUUAAUAAACGACGGAAGCCGCGGCGAGUACAAUGAUCAUAACUAGUGCAAAUCGAGACCACAGCGUGUGGUCAAGCAUUGAUGAAAGUGACAAUGAAGAAAUUAUGAAUUUAGCGAAGCCAAUGAUGGAUGCUUCCAACCCCAGUGACGAUAUAUGGCGGAAGUUUGCGCUGCCAUUAACGCCUCCCAGUUCUCCAUCUAGAACCUACGGUGAAACUUCAGAGGAUCGUCGUACAGAUAUCGCUGAGCGAUUACACGAUGUUUGCGAAAGUCUCGAUUCCACCUUCGAUUUAACAAGUUAUAACGCUUCGAAGCUAGCUGGUGUUCUAAACUUACGUUCGAAACUCAUAUCAGAUUGUAUGUGGUCUGGUAAUACUGUUGAAAUUGUCAGAACAAGUGCUCACAAACUUAUUAGUCACAGUAAAAAAUUGUAUUCAGAAAACGAAGAAGAUUUGUAUCCUACACCUUGUCCCAGUCCACUUCCAAGUGUCACGACAGAAAGCGCUGAAUGCCCUUCAAGUAGUGAAUGUGUUGAUCCCGCUACAGUUUUCCCUUUUCCGUUAACAAACGAAACACACAGCACCCAAUUUUCAGAUACAGACGAAGAAAUUGAUGUUGUGACCGUCGAUUCAAAGCCUACUCCUGCCGUAGGAACAAAACGAAAACUUAUAACCGCUGUUGUGUGUGCUCGAGUGCCGCCACAGCCUUUGCUGAAAAAAGCUAAAAGUUCUCCCGUUACGUUGCCAUCGUUCGAACGACAAAAAUCUCGAAGAGCUUCCUCUAACUCUGCUGACGAUUCUGACCCUGAAUCCAGGCGAGCAACUCACAACGUACUGGAAAGAAAACGAAGGAUCGAUCUGAAAAACAGUUUUGAAAGAUUACGUGACUGUGUCCCCAUGUUUGAGAAGCAAGAUAAAGCUCCAAAAGUUGUGGUUUUAAAACGAGCUGCGCAACACAUAGCAAAAUUAACGCAAGAAGAAAUUGAAUUAACUGAACAAAAAAUUCUACUUCAAAAAGAAAAACAAGACUUAAUAAACAAACUCAAACAGCUAUUGCAAGAAGGCAAAGAAAUAGUGUUUUAAAUGCGGUGACUUUUAUGAUUGUGUUCUUUCGCGGUUGACAUUUUGAGAGAAUUUUAGCGGGAAAAACGACAUUGUAUAUAUUUAUUAAAAUAGUUUCUAUUUAUUUUAUAUAGUGUUUUUGUGGAAGUGUUAUAAUGGGCAACAAAACAUUGUCUGCCCAACUUUAAAAUUUAUUUAGUCAAACGGUGUUGCAACGUAAACACUGACUUCUUAUGUUUAUAUAGGAAUUUUAAUCGUGCAAUCAUUGCCAUGUACUUAGGAUUUGCAUUAAUUUGUGAAGUUCUGUGUGGGGGGUUCCCCUUGAUACGUUGCAUAACCGUAGUUUUGAAUGACAAAAUUUUCUAUUGUUAAUGAUCUUGUGUUUAAAAAAACCAACCAACUUUUUUGGCUCGUGUGCUCAAAGGGAGUUUUGCUCAUUUUGUUGUUUUAGUAUAAUGUUAUGGGUGGCAUAAUUGUAGCUUUUACGCAUUUUCUUGUGGCCACUUAAAAUAGACGUAUAUGCACAAUGGUGGCACGGGGGACACUAAUUCCAGUUGUAAAGUUAUUUUUACUCCAGUUCGAAUUUUUGCGUUCGAAUUUAAUUUUAGCUUUGUACCAAUACCUGUGAAAGUAGUUUUUAAUAUUUGACUUGUUAGUACGUAUGUCAUCAAACCUUUGAUAUUCUUAUAAAGGUGCGAUAGAAGAUUGAUGCUGAUAAUAUAUAUUUAAAUUAUGUCAAA